GUAAGUGAAUCAUGUGUGGCUCAUUUAAUUUUAAAGGAGGCCUCUGAGAAGAGCUUAGAACAAUUUUUUCCUCUGAGUGCCAUUUCCCAAAGGUACUCACAGAACAAUAAGGUGUGACCAUAAUGGCCGCACUGAGUUGUCUUUUGGACAGUGUUAGGAGGGACAUAAAGAAGGUGGACAGAGAAUUAAGACAAUUGAGAUGUAUCGACGAAAUCAGCUCCCGCUGCCUGUGUGACUUAUACAUGCACCCGUACUGCUGCUGCGACCUGCAUCCCUAUCCCUACUGCCUCUGCUACUCCAAGCGAUCCCGCUCCUGUGGCCUGUGUGACCUCUACUACCCGUGCUGCCUGUGUGACUACAAGCUGUACUGCCUUCGCCCAUCGCUCCGCAGUUUAGAGAGACUCAGAAGGACGACAAAUAGAAUUCUGGCCUCCUCUUGCUGCAGCAGUAACAUAUUGGGAUCGGUGAAUGUGUGCGGCUUUGAACCUGAUCAAGUCAAAGUGCGCGUGAAAGAUGGGAAGGUCUGCGUGUCGGCCGAGAGGGAAAACAGGUACGACUGCCUCGGAUCCAAAAAGUACAGUUACAUGAACAUCUGCAAAGAGUUCAGUCUGCCGCCAUGUGUGGAUGAGAAGGACGUGACGUACUCCUACGGGCUCGGCAGCUGCGUCAAGAUCGAGUCUCCAUGUUACCCUUGCACGUCUCCCUGUAAUCCCUGCAACCCAUGUAGCCCCUGCAGCCCCUGUGGCCCCUGCGGCCCUUGCGGCCCCUGUGGCCCCUGUGGUCCCUGCGGCCCCUGCGACCCUUGCAACCCCUGCUAUCCCUGUGGAAGCCGAUUCUCCUGUAGGAAGAUGAUCUUGUAAGGUGUAUGUAAGAACUUGUCUUAGCAGAAGUCAGUA